AUGUUAGAACCCUACUCGCCCUCUCUACUGUGGAUCAUAGUGGUCGGUUUCAUCAUAGCCUUCGUGCUGGCCUUCGGAAUAGGCGCCAACGAUGUUGCCAAUUCGUUCGGAACCAGCGUAGGUUCCAAGGUGCUCACGAUCUUCCAAGCCUGCUGCCUGGCAACAGUUUUUGAAGUCGCUGGAUCCAUCCUGAUUGGUUAUAAGGUGUCCGACACCAUGCGCAAAGGAAUUCUGGACGUAAAUUUAUACAAGGAUGCCGAAAUGGAGUUGAUGCUUGGCUGCGUGAGCGCUUUAACUUCUAGCGCCGCUUGGCUCAUGGUGGCGACUUUUUUUAAGUUACCGAUAUCCGGAACACACAGUAUAGUGGGGGCCACGGUAGGGUACAGUCUGGUCGCCAGAGGGAUGGAGGGGGUGCAGUGGAAAAUGCUUGGAAAAAUUGUCGGCUCUUGGUUCAUAUCGCCAGUCCUCAGCGGUGUGACCUCGAUAACCUUGCUGUGGAUAAUAAAAAAGUUGAUCCUGUCGAGACCCAACCCCCUGGAAGCAGGACUGACGUCACUGCCAUUUUUUUACAGUUUUACAAUUUUGGUGAACGUUUUUUCCAUCGUUCACGAUGGUCCGAGGUUAUUGCACAUGGACAACAUCCCCAUAUGGCUUGCGGUGGCGAUCAGCGUGGGUAUAGCCUUGGUCGCCAUGGUAUUUAUACGGUUGGUGGUGGUACCUUGGCAAAGAAGGGUGAUUUUGAAGGAGAUGGGCGGACCCAAGUCGCCAGUUAACUUUAAUAUCGGGGAAUCGACUGACACUACUCCGGAGCCAAGCCCGAGGGUAUCGAACCGCAACUCGACCCUGUUAGAUCGUCAAUUAACCGUCAUUUCGGAAAGCACUGAGUUGCAAGCGCUGGAUCGACGUCUGGCCACUUCCAAGUACAUUUUUCCAUUGCAAAAUAGUGAUAAAAACGGCUAUAUACCGGCCAAAGAGACUGAACUAACGAAUAUCCGACCCACCGAGCUUAAACUCGUCGAGAGUACUGGUGAUGUGAACCCGAAUCUGUCGCCCAGCUCAAGCGGGGUACCGUUGAUAAUGAACAAGAGCUUCGCGAGACAAAACGACCAAGGAAUAUGCGCGCUGGAGUUGCAGGAAAAUCCAGAUCUGCUGGUAGAGAACAAGGGGGUCUCGAAACUUUUCAGCUUCCUACAAGUGCUCACCGCCAUCUUUGGCAGCUUUGCUCACGGCGGAAAUGACGUCAGUAAUGCAAUUGGUCCGCUGAUCACGUUAUGGCUUAUAUACACCGAUGGAAGUGUACAGCAAAAAUCAGAAACCCCUCUAUACAUUUUACUUUAUGGGGGUUUUGGUAUUUCCGUGGGACUUUGGUUAUGGGGUAGAAGAGUUAUAGAAACCAUAGGAGAGGAUUUAACAACAAUAACACCUUCAACUGGUUUUACGAUUGAAAUUGGGGCAGCAUUUACAGUAUUACUGGCCAGCAAAAUUGGAAUUCCUAUUUCCACCACACACUGCAAAGUGGGUUCUGUCGUUUUUGUUGGUUAUUUUAGUGCGUCAAAGAAGGGUGUGGACUGGAGUUUAUUCAGGAACAUAAUAUCUGCAUGGGUCAUCACCGUACCAAUAGCGGCCCUUUUAUCCGCCGGCACCAUGGUUCUCCUACGUUCCACAAUUCUCUAA